CUGCGGCUGCCGCAGCGCCCGCCGCGGCUCGAGCUCCGGCUCCCCGGCAUUUAAAGGGGACGCGGCGGCGGCCCCGGGGAUGGGGGGCAGGUGGAAGGGACGGAACAGAAGCAGAUCAUCCACGGUCCCUCGGGACAGGAGGGACGCGUGAGCCGGAGCUCAGAAAUCCGGGGGUGGAUAAGACCGCGUCCCCCCAAUUCCCGAGUUCUGGAUGACGGCUUGAGACCAACCAAGGUUCUAGAGGUGGAGCCAGGGCAAUUCACGGACAAUGAGCGGGUGUUUUCCAGCUGUUGGCCUGCGAUGCCUAUCUAGGGACGGCAGGAUGGCUGCGCCCGGCGCGCCUCGCUUCCUCCUGACCUUCGACUUCGAUGAGACCAUCGUGGACGAAAACAGCGACGACUCGAUCGUGCGCGCUGCGCCAGGUCAGCAGCUACCUGAGAGCCUGCGUGCCACCUACCGCGAAGGCUUCUACAAUGAGUACAUGCAACGUGUCUUCAAGUACCUGGGUGAGCAGGGUGUGCGGCCCCGGGACCUGCGCGCUGUCUACGAGACCAUCCCCUUGUCGCCGGGCAUGGGUGAUUUGCUGCAGUUCAUAGCCAAACAGGGCUCUUGCUUCGAGGUUAUUCUCAUUUCGGAUGCCAACACCUUCGGCGUGGAGAGUGCCCUGCGUGCUGCUGGCCACCACAGCUUAUUCCGCCGCAUCCUCAGCAACCCGUCCGGGCCGGACGCGCGGGGACUGCUGACGCUGCGGCCCUUCCACACGCACAGCUGCUCCCGCUGCCCCGCCAACAUGUGCAAGCACAAGGUGCUCAGUGAAUACCUGCGUGAGCGGGCCCGCGACGGCGUGCACUUCGAGCGCCUCUUCUACGUGGGUGAUGGUGCAAAUGACUUCUGCCCCAUGGGGCUGCUGGCGGGCGGGGACGUGGCCUUCCCGCGCCGUGGCUACCCCAUGCACCGCCUCAUCCAAGAGGCACAGAAGGCCGAGCCCAGCUCCUUCCGAGCUCACGUGGUGCCCUGGGAAACAGCCGCCGACGUGCGCCAACAUCUACAACAGGUGCUGAAGAUGUGUUGAAGACCAUCGCCUGCAAGGGGUGCCCGGGGAGAACCCGCAGAGCGGGGACAGGACUGGGAAUUGGUUAAGACCACCUGGUUUUACUUCUUCCCCCUCGCUUUGCUACGCUCCUCUGGGCAGUUUUGGAAUUUUGUUCUCUUGUGGGCUGGGAGCGGAGAUUAAGAGCCGUCCCUAUCUAUGCAGUUAUCAUAGCUCAGCUGCCUCCCCUCCAGGGAGUGGUGAGCACCCCUUGGAAGGCAGGCAGUGUCUCUCAGACUGAGAGGAAGGGGCUCCUGGCAGUUGGGAGAAUGAGUAUCUCCCACUGCUUUAGCUGCUGCUUCGGCUGCGUAACCUCCCCUACUCAGUCUUCUCUCAGAAAGACUCAGGAUCCCCCAAUUCGCAUGCCAGCACCGGGUUUCUCGCGCAGACCCGUGAUGCUCUAGGAAGACAGCUCCUAGGCAUCCUUGAUCUUGCUUCAGCCACCGCAAUCCUACUCUACCGCUGCGCUGGCUGCGCCUGGCUUCCUUCCCCCCCACCCCCACCCCGCCCAUGCCAGUUAUCCCCCAAAGAAGAAAAAAGCCAGAGGAAGCAGCCGCCUCCUGCUGGUGGAACGAGGUAGAACCAACCAAAGACCUCGGAGAGUUUGACAGAUCCUCUCACUCCGUCCUCAACUACCGCAGCAAGAGACUAGGGACUUCACCAAAGUCGUCCUCCGCACCCCCCUCCGCCCUUAUGGAACAGAAAGCCAUGUUUUUAAGCAGA